UCAGUCUUCCCAGCCAUAAUAUUACUCAAGGUAAAAAAGGUUUUCUUGCAAUUGGUAUGUCGUGAUUGUUGACAUAUUCAAUGCUGACAAGAUGGUGUCGUUCAAGGUGUUGACUUUCGCGAUUUUCGCGUCACCAAUAAACGCCGUCUUAACUGCGACUGAGACUAGCAGCCAAUAUAUUCUCAAAAAUGACGAUUUAUCAGUAGCAGUUAGUAAAAGUAGCGGGCAACUCACUCAACUAUCUCUAGGAAAGCAGGAUCUCUUAGGAAGUGGAGGUAAGGGACCUUACCUCGACUGCUCCUGUGUACCCAGUGGUUUCUGGUCCCCCGGAAGUACAGCAAAGUUCAAGCUCAUCAAAGAUGUCGACUCAACUGGAACAGCGUAUGGUGGCGUUGUGAUGAGCGACACGUACUCGUCCACGAAUCAGACACUGGAGCAGUAUUGGUUUUUACGAGAAGGCGAGACGGGCUUGCACGUCUUCUCUCGCGUCACAUAUUUCAACUCGAGAACCCCAUUUCUGCGAGGACUCGGCGAACUUCGCACGCUUUUUAGGCCAAGCACAAGUCUAUGGACUCAUCUCUCCAGCAGUGACGGCAAUUGGGCCCCUUUCCCCUCGUCGGAUACCAAUAAGAAAGGCAUCACUGUCCAGGAUGCGACGACGUAUUUCAAGGACUCGGCGAGUGACGCUUAUGUAAAACAAUACUCGGAUUACUUCACAAAGUACGCGUUUUCCGAAGUUUGGCGUGACCAUGCUGUACACGGCCAAUAUUCGGACGGAUCGACUAGUUCCGAUAAGAAUACAUACGGAGCUUGGUUGGUGCAUAACACACGGGAAACGUACUAUGGUGGUCCAUUGCACUCAGAUCUAGUCGUAGAUGGUAUCGUCUACAACUACAUGGUAUCAGGCCACCACGGCGCACCUGUUCCCAAUAUCACACAUGGCUUUGAUCGCACUUUUGGCCCGCAGUUUUAUUAUUUCAAUAAGGGCGGCCCAAAAACAUCACUCGCCGAAUUGAGGGCCGAUGCUGCGAAAUAUGCGGAUCCCGCAUGGAAUACCGAGUUUUACGAUAGUAUCGCUAAACAUGUCCCCAACUAUACACCAAGUUCAAAGCGCACUACAUUCAAAGCCACGGUGGCACUUCCCAGUGGUGCUAAGAGGCCAAUCGCGGUUCUCUCUGAGAAUAAGCAAGACUUUCAAUUGAAUGUUUUCGAUUCGUCGAGUCUUCAAUAUUGGGGUGAUAUUAAUACUGAGACCGGAGGAAUUGAGAUCCCCCGAGUUAAGGAAGGUACUUACAGAUUGACGGUGUAUGCUGAAGGUAUCUUUGGUUGGUUCAUCCAAGACGACAUUAAGAUAUCUAAGACCGCGAGUGGCCCGCUCAGUUUCAAGUGGGAGCCAGAAAGUGCAGGCAAGGAAAUCUGGCGGAUUGGCGUUCCUGAUAAGUCAGCAGGGGAGUACAAGCAUGGCUAUGCGCCCGAUACAUCGAAGCCUCUACAGCCUGAACAACAUCGUGUGUAUUGGGCCCACUGGGAUUUUCCAACCGACUUCCCAGACGGAGUGAAUUUCAAAGUCGGAGAGAGCAAGGAGGCCGAAGACUUCAAUUAUAUCCAUUGGAGCGUAUUUCCUGGGCGCUCUAAUUACUUCCGCCCUCAACCAUACUACGAGAACGUUAACAAUUGGACAAUUCAAUUCAAUCUGAGCAGCGAUCAACUUGCUGGUGCGAAAACAGCGACCCUUACGGUUGAGCUCGCAGGCGCCAAGACGGCCAAUGGGAAUGACAAGUGGGCAUCGCUUCCUAAGGAGAAGUAUUCUAACCUCCCCUAUACAGUUGCUGCCAACGGAAAGGAUGUCGAAACAUGGGUUAUACCGUCCUAUCGCAGCGGAUCGUGCGGGGCUAGAAGUAGUGUGGUUUGCCAGAAUUUCGGGAAGAAGUUUGAAUUUUCGACCCAGCUUUUGGAAGAGGGCGUUAAUGAAUUCGUUUUGAGUUUACCGUUCAACGCAACAGAUACGGAAACAGCGUUGUUACCGGAAACUGUGUAUGUACAGUACGAUGCUUUGAGGUUUGAGCUGAAGUAAAAGUUGAGGAAGGAUUGACAGUUUCUAGACUAAUAGAAUUUAUUAUGCUUGUACGACAACGCUAAGUCUCAUCGAAGAGGGCAAACGGGCUCAAAUCAAAUGAUUGAGUUGGACAACACAGAAACUUAACCUUACACUAGCAGAUUAGAUGAAAUUAAAACAUUUGUGACUCGCGUUCAUUGUCAGCGUAAACAAACAACUUCACUUUAGAGUACGAAGAAUU